CCUAAAAGGACAACAUGGCCACGAUGCGAUGAGUAAUCUCUGUCUGGGUUGCUUUUUUUCAGAGAGCUAAACAUAACAUUGCAAAACAUCGAAACCCUCUACAGCAAUGGGUUUAACACAGAGCAGUGGUGCACCUGAGGGGGGGACAGAAGGAUUUCACGUCCAUGGGAUUCAACAGGACUCACCUGCAGCGAAAGCUGGUUUGGAGCCAUUUUUUGAUUUCAUCAUAUCCAUUGGCAAUAAUCGUCUUAAUCAGGAGAAUGAUUUGCUGAAGGACCUCCUCAAGGCUAAUGUGGAGAAACCAGUAAAGAUGGAAGUGUAUAGUACAAAGACCAUGAGGAUCCGGGAAUUGGAGGUGGUUCCCAGCAACAUGUGGGGUGGUCAAGGACUUCUGGGAGCCAGUGUCCGCUUCUGUAGCUUUCAAGGAGCCAAUGAAAAUGUUUGGCAUGUUCUGGAUGUGGAACCAAAUUCACCAGCAGCACUGGCUGGACUUCAGGAGUAUUCAGACUUCAUUGUUGGAGCUGACCAGGUUCUGCAAGAUUCAGAGGAUUUCUUCUCCCUAAUUGAAGCCCAUGAGGGAAAACCAUUGAAGUUGCUGGUCUACAAUACAGAAACCAAUAAAUGCAGGGAGGUGAUUGUCACACCAAAUGGUGCCUGGGGGGGAGAAGGCAGUCUUGGCUGUGGCAUUGGAUAUGGCUACCUGCACCGAAUCCCAGCACAACCUGACAGCCCAAAAUCGGAAAAAAUCAGUGCAAAAGCUUCUCCUGUGGCAGGGACACCAGAGCAAGAAUUUCCUACAAACGGAUUCACUGAGGUGUCCUUAAUGGGGUCUGGUCAGUCAAUGAGUGGCUUGGAUCUUGAAACCCCACUGCCACCUCCCAUUCAGAGAGUCAUGGAUCCUGGUUUCUCGGAUCAGUCAGAAGUGGUCAUGAUGAAUUCACAAGUAUCAGACAUGGCAGAUCGACUGGAUCUAUCCACUUCUUCCAUUGAUAUGACAAAUACAUCCCUAGCUGUCCGAGAGGACGUUGACGUAUCGGGUGUUGAGGAGCUUCAAGACCGACAGUUUCCUUGUCGUGACCCUGAAGAGAAAAUUACAGAGGAUUUCAGUUCCUCUAUUACACCACCUUCAGAUGUUUCUCCUCCCUUUUCUGUAUCACACCCUCCUCUCCCAAAUCAACCUCUCGAUCAUAGCAUGCCAACAGACAUGGCUUCUUUGAUGAAUUCUUCAAUCCCAUCUCUCGAAUCUUCCGUGCCUCCUAUAGACAUCUCUUCCCUGCUCAUUGAUCCCGCCGCCCUUCAUCUCGAGUCAUCUGCUUUGCCUGCAGAAUAUCCCAUGCAGACCAACGAGUCCGCAAUUUUCCCCUCAGAAACUGAUGAUGUCAAUCAGGGUUUUUCUGAUGAGCCACAGUUUCCGAAGAGCAGCUGGUCUGAGGGCAAAGCAGAGGCCGUUUCUUCUGACCUGAUGUCUUUUGAUUCUCAUAGUGCAGAUGUCAAAGAUGAAGCUGCUCUUCAGUAGUGUCACUAUCAAGUACCUUGUAUCUUGUUUACGCAGUUGCUCAACAAUCACUGGUUGCGUGUUUUUUAAUGGUCCUGGACUUGAAUGGUUGUGUCCAAAUUACUUUCCUUUUUUUUUUUUUUCCGUGUUAGUAGUCAUGUUGAUUUUAGGCUUUAGGUCAGGAUUUUAAAUUGUGUAGAAGAUCAUUUUUUUGUUUCUACGUUGAAACCGUUUUAUUCAGCUUGAUUAAAAUUGUGAUUUAAAUUCACAAAAGGUAGCAACCAAAACUUUUUAAAUAUUUGUAGUAUUUAUUUAGCUACUACAAAGACACUCAUAGAUUGUUGAGUUAAAAUGAACUCAGUGUAGAUUAUGUAGAGCUAAUGUCAGAAUAUACGCAGUGGAUCUUAAGAGUACUGAGACAAAAAAUAGACUAUUUUUGUCUAGAAAAUGUAUUACAAUAUUUUGGCUACGUUGUUACAUUUUAACUUUUUAAAGCUCGGCAACCUGUUUGGUUUUUUAUUCUUUCUUGUUCUUUCUUUCUUUCUGUGUUGUGGGAAUGUUUGUUAGCCUAAGUACAAAUUUGUAAUAGUGGACAAGGGUUUUGUAUUUGUUAAGGUUUGCUAAUUAGAGUUUUGAAAUUAUUUGGAUGUGAUUUUAUAAUCUUUUCACCAAAUAUUUAAUUGAAAUGUUUGCAACUUGGAUAUAGUAAUAUUUUAUUUAUACUUUGAAAACACUAGUGAAAUGUUCCUACAGUAGAAUGUGCUUUUCACUUUUUUUGGACUAGUUCAGUUUACUUGUGACUGGUCAUUUAUUAAUCUAUGCAAAUACAGUUAUUGUAUAAAUGCCAAUAGAAUAUCUGUGGUAUUAUGAUUGAGUAUAGUCAUUACUGCAACUUUUAAGAAUAGUGUCAUACUAAGGCCAGGACUUUCUGUUUGAUGAUGGGGAGAUCUAAAUUAUACUCUUUGAUCAUCUUAAAUUCAUUGUUGUACUUUAUAAAAGUUUCAGCUUUGAAAAGAGACUUUAUGUGUGUCUAUACAGGGAAAGUGAUUUCUGAUGUACUUAACAAGGGUGAAGAGAGAACGUUUUGACCCUUUUGACUCAAAAGAAUAUCUGUUCUUCCUAGAGUGUGAACACAAAUUUGUAUAUUUUUGUAUAGCAAUGCUAAAGAUGAUUGAGAGAAGAUUUAAGUAAACACUACUGUACCUACACAAACUAUAUUCUUUGGGUUUCUGAGAAAAUACCAGUGAAAAACACUGCAACCAUACACUGCAAUAAAAGAUCCGAAUGAUC